GUUUUCUAUGAAAGAAUACCAAAGUCUAAAAUUAAAAAAAAAAAAAAAGAGUCUAGAUCCAGAUAAGCCAAAGUGGCCACAAACUGUGUUAUUUACGGAAGUCGAGGCGGAAUGUUUAAAUUUCUUUAUUUAGCGAGAUUGAAGAAUGGAAAAAAUAAAUAGUCAGCCAGUCUUAACAGAUUAAUUUUGCCAAAUUAAGUAAUAAAUCCAACUAAUCACUGGACAAGGGUAGGACCAUUUUGUUUUGAAGGAUUUUAUCAGUUAAAAUACCACACCAUGACAGAACGGGCUGUGUUGUCCUCUUUGAAUAACACUACACCAGUUCGCCCAGCUUCAACUAAAUACUUGUCUCCAGCUACUAGUCGUACCCCUGGGAUCUCAAGCCCUGCAACAGCUCUUCAAAAUUUUGAUGAUUAUGAUGAAGGUCAGCAAAAAAGGGAAAGGCGGAGAAAGUCUCAAGCCUUUGAUAUACAUAGGAGAGUUUUGGGCAGCCCAUCCACUGCAUCGCCCAGUUCAACAGAGCUGAAUGGGUUAACUAGUGCAGAACUUGCCAGCAACUAUGCCAAUUGCAUCAAAUUAUCCACAGAAAACAAAAUUACCUCAAAAAAUGCCUUUGGUUUGCAUCUCAUUGAUUACAUCACAGAGUUAUUGAAAAAGAAAAAGCUAGACAAUUUCCAGGUUGCUAGCUCAACACUAGAUGCAAGUGCCAAAAUCUAUGCUGGGCGUGUUGAUUUCAUUCAUUCAUCUGCCUAUAAAAUGGUAGCAAGCCUAGGAGGGGGAAAAGUGGUAGAGGAAGAUUUUCUUUCUGAUGGACCAAAUGCAGAGAAUGCAGCACAAGAGGACACAGCUGUAGAAGCAGAACAAAAGAUCAAAAAGAAAAAGAUUUCACCCACUGUUGAGACCAAUCUUAAAAAUAUAAACGAUGACAAAGACUUGGAGUUUGAGGAGGAUCCCAUGUUUCAAGUGACAUCAGCUGCCUUUGAUGAAGGCGGUGCUCGUGGACUGCUUCUGAACAGAUUACGAAUAUUUGAUGACAAUUAUCAGCUGGUGCUGGACUCCUCAGCACCUGUGAGUUUUGAAGCUCCACAACCUGAUUCCCAAUCUGCCCCCAAAAAAGCGAGUUACUCUGAACUGAAAGCCAAGCUUGAGAAUGCUAAUUUGGAAAACUGUCAGAUGUGUUCUCCUUUGAGUGAUUUUCACUUUCUGACUAAUGAAGGGGAAGUCUCUAUUUUACCAAAGAGCUUCUCGGAAUUUGCUUUUGAUGCAAGUGUGGAGCCACCACACAUAUCUAGUGUGGAAGAAGAAGUGGAUGCCAUAGCAACUGGUGCUAUAGAUGAUAAUGACAAUGCAGAUGGAGACAAUGAUCACUUUGAUCAAGGUGGCCUUGUCAAUGACCUGAACGCCUUAUCACUCAGAGAUUCUACCACAGCAGAAUUUGUUGAAAGUGCCAUCAGUGAUAUAGCUCAAGGAAGUGUUGUCAAACUGCGUCAGAUCCUUUCCUCACAACCAUCAGACUAUUGUCUAUUUAAUAGUGCACUUUUACAAGCCUGGGCUGGACCAGGACAUUGGAAACUGGCUUCUAUAAACAAAUCAGGCUCCAAUACGUCAGCCCAGAAGACGACCAAAAAGAAAACAAAAAAGCAGCCCUUUAAACUCACAUUUGACAUGUCUGAGGAACAGGUGGCUGAAAUUCUGAAGCCAGCCAAAGCAGAGUCUAUUAGCAUCACUAAGAGAACGUGGGCCACCUACACUAAGAAAAGAACAACAUUGCCAGAGGACAAACAGAUAGACAAACAAGAGAAACUGUUUUGUUUAUUCUUAAAACCAAAUAUAAAGAUCAAACCAGUAACAGAGGAGGCAAUCGGUGUUGACGGCGAAAUUGAAAAUUAUGACCUCAAUAACAAAAAUGAUGUUGAAAACUUUUGUCCAGUUGCUAGGGAUGAGGAUGAUGAGGAUUUAUCUGCUGCUGGCUUUGACUUUUCCAAUGAGACCAAUUUUAUUCAGGCCUCACAGGACAACUCUAGUCAAGGUCAUUUCACCAAUUUGACUUUAAAUGGCACUGUCUUAACACAAGAUAAACUUGUGGCAGCCCCAAACAAGGUACAAAAAAUCAGCAUUCAGUAUGCUAAAUCCGCAAAACGAGUGGACGUCAAGAAAUUAAAGUCUACCAUUUGGUCUAUCUUGACAAAAGAUACACAAGAGAACUCAGAGGUUGCUGCUAAUGAUGUCUUCCUGUCCACUACAAAGAUGACCUCCCCUUGUUACUUCAGUCAACUUGUGAAUACUCUCCCCUCUAAAGUCUCAACAACAAUGGCCAAGAAUCUGUCUAUACAUACUGUCUUUGCCUGUUUGCUGUACAUUACCAAUGAAAAGGGUCUCAAGUUAACUACAGUUAAAGAAAUGGAAGAUAUUUACAUAGAGCAAGACAGCCUAUGAUAGUUGUUUUUUGUUUUGCUCCCAACUAAAUAAAAUAUUUGAUUGAAAUAAUGUCUAGAUGCUCAAAAAGUAGGACCAACAAUUAUGCUGGCCAGAUUUUUGUUGAUUUUAGUGAGAAAAUUUAAUAUGUGUAUUUUUUUAGCAAUUGUAAUUAAUGCAUUUGAAGUUGCUAGUUCAAUGUUGGUUUAUGUGAUGUUUUAUCUUAUAUGCAUUAUUCUGCAUAGUUUGGAACUCUCAUUUGUUUAGAGUUUUGAACUUGUGUUCUACUCCUUGUAAAUAUGGACAUAGCAAAUGUUUUAAUGGUAAUAGUUCAAUGUUUAUAUAUAUAUAUAUA